AUGUCCACAACCACUGACACCAACGGCAAUAAUAUCGUUAACAAUAGAGAAGCCGAUGAUAUACAUCAACCAAAUAACGUAAUGCUAAGCAAACGUAUGGGCGUAUCAAUUAUACGGCUAAACCGACCAGAAAAAUACAAUGCACUGACACAACAAAUGUAUGGUCAGAUUAUUACUGGACUGAACGAUGCGGCCACCGAUGAGUCUAUUAAGUUGGCAUUAAUUACGGGAACCGGUAGUUAUUAUUCUACUGGCAAUGAUAUAGGUAACUUUGAAAACAUGUACAAACAGACCAACGGUAUCGACCAGUUUGUCGACGACACUGUUCGGCAAUUUGUGGCCGCUUUUAUCGAUUUUCCGAAACCAUUGAUUGCUGCCGUCAACGGACCGGCUAUUGGUGCGGCUGCCACUACGCUGGCACUGGUCGACUAUGCGGUCGCAUCGGAUACGGCCUAUUUUUCGACACCGUUUUCAUCGUUAGGACUGUCGGCCGAAGGUUGCUCGACCUAUACAUUCCCGCAGAUUAUGGGCCAAUCAAUGGCUAAACAGAUGUUGUAUUUCAGUCACAAGAUGUCGGCCACUGAAGCCCUACAGUCGGGACUCGUAUCUCGAGUCAUACCCAGUGCUCAGUUCGACGAUUACAUCGAAAACUGGAUAUUCGCCGAUCGGACCGGUAUUGUCAACACGUGUUAUCCUCAGUCGAUGCGUGCGUCCAAACAGUUGGUCCGAUCGGCGGCCAUACGCCGAGUGUUACACGAAGUCAACCGAUCCGAGUGUUUGAUACUUAAACAACGUUUCAAUUCAGAUGAAUGUCUGGAAGCCAUCGAAAAGUUUUUCGGACGAAAAAAAACAACAAAAAAAUAA